GAAGAAGGAAAGAGCUCCAGCUGAUUUUAUACAGAUCCUUCUUGAGGCUCUGAGACCAGGGUCAAGGCAUUUUCCCCAGGCUCUGGGGAUUACCUGAAGUCAGCACAGACAUUCUUGCGUCAUUGUUGACAGGAGUCUUGCCCGAGUAUACUUGGUCUGAGCUAAGACACCAGGUUCUAGGACUCUGACUCAGACUCUGUAGAUACACAACCAAGGAAAGCAUUCUUUCUCUUCUUCCCCAGUGUCCUGGACACGUAGUUGCUUCUCCUUGGAAUGUUCAACUCCCUCUCUCAAUCAGCCAUACUUCCCAUUGCCUCCAGCUGUUGCACUGAAGUUUCACAUCAUAUCUCCAGAAGGCUUCUGGAGAGAGUGAAUCUAUGUCGCAUCCAGAGAGCUGAUGGCGAUUGUGACUUGGCUGCUGUCAUCCUUCACGUCAGGCGCAGAAGAAUCUGUGUCAGCCCGCAUAGUCACGUUAUUAAGCAGUGGAUGAAAGAACAAGCAGCCAAGAAAAACGCUAAAGGCAACAUGUGCCACAAGAAGAAACACGCCGGCCAGAGGAAAAGUAAAGGGGCACAUACAGGGAAACCAGAAACCCAGGCCCAUAAAACUCCUUAUUAGAGCGUUUAUAGAUGGACCUGCACAGACAAUUCCUCAAGUGGACUUGGCCAUGGUUGCUUAAAUUUAUUUUGUGAAUAUUCCUUAUUGGGAGUCAACAGGGCAAAACAUAAUAUACAUUUUAAAGGAACAAUUAUACAAGGUGCAAAUGCGGCUAAUAAUAUACUCCUCUGAAAAUGAAAUGAAAAGAUAGUGCUUGUCUUCAUAUCAUAUUUUAAGAGCAGCACACAGAUCUAAUUUCUCCAACCUUUUUUAUUAUGAAGGUUUGCAAACCUACAGAGAAGUUGAAAGAUUGGCACAAUGAACACUCGCACACCUUUCACCUAGAUUAAUAAUUGUUAAUAUUUUGCCACAUUUUUUUCUCUCUCUUCUCUUUUUGCAUGUGUGUAAAACAUUUUAUGUCUAAAUAUAUUUUUUUUGCUAAACAAUUUGACAAUAAGUUGCAAAUGUUGUAAUACU